UACUAUAUUUUUGGUUUUAGCUGGGCCCGGUAUUCUUCGAGCUCGUAAUGUGACCUAAUCCUAAAAUAGAAUUGAAAAAUUAAACGAUUUAAAGUAAAUAUAGCAAGAGAAUAUAAUCAACUGUCCAAAGAAAAGUUUCGCCUAUGAAAUAAAAUUUUCAUAAUAAAAUGGGCAAUCGGACUAAAGUACAAGAUAUAUUCUAUCAGAUAAAGAAGAUGUUUACAUGGUCCUAUGCUAAAGGAUUAAUUCUUAACCCGGCCCAAAUACCCUUUGUCGCUUUUCUUAUCAUCAUCACAGAACUUAUUAUAAACGUGUUAAUUGUGGAAAGGGUCCCAUAUACAGAGAUCGACUGGAAAGCCUAUAUGCAGGAAUGUGAAGGAUUUCUGAAUGGAACAUUUGAUUACAGCAAGCUUCGUGGAGAUACUGGACCUCUUGUAUAUCCUGCAGGUUUUGUCUACAUAUAUUCUUUGUUUUAUUUUCUCACUAAUCAGGGUGAGAACAUUAAACUUGCUCAGUACAUGUUCAUUGUAAUUUAUCUUUUACAGCUUUAUUUUGUACUAAGAAUUUAUAUCAAAACUAGAAAAGUGCCACCAUAUGUUCUUGUUAUAACUAUUUUAACAUCAUACAGAAUGCAUUCAAUUUAUGUAUUACGUUUGUUUAAUGAUCCCAUUGCUGUUUUAUUUUUGUAUAUUUCUCUUAACUUCUUCAUUGAUGGGAAAUGGAAUUUGGGAAGCAUUUUUUAUAGUUUGGGAGUUGCAGUUAAAAUGAACAUUCUUCUAUAUGCCCCAGCUUUGUUCUUCUUUUAUUUAGUAAAUUUAGGUCUAAAAGACACAAUCAAACAACUCUUUAUAUGUGGAUCAUUGCAACUUAUUUUGGGUCUACCAUUCUUAAUAGGUAAUCCGGUGGCUUAUUUGAAAGGCAGUUUUGAUAUAGGUCGUGUUUUCAAUCACACAUGGACUGUAAAUUAUAGGUUCCUAGAAAUUGACUUUUUUGAAAACAAGUGUUUCCACUUUACUCUACUUGGAAUUCACAUUAUGUUGCUAAUUUUAUUUUUACCAAUGUGUGUACAAUAUUUUAAAAGCUACUGUAGACUUAAAUAUGUCCAGAAGCAAGUUCAGCCCCAGAUUGAUGCUAAAAAUAGAGAAAGUAAGAUAAAAUCAAAGCAAAUAAAAGAUGCAAAGAGAAAACCUGGCAAAAAAAUUGUAGACAAUGAUGAGAAAUUGACCAAAGAACAGGAAGAUUUCUUGGGUUCUUUUGAAGCAAUGCUUCAAAAAUCAUCACAAAAGUCAGGAAAAAAAACAGUAUCAAAAAAAUCAUUAGAUUUCAAUGAAGAACCACACUACAGUAUCAACUUUGAUAUUUUAUCCCAGCUGUUCAUAUUACCCAUGUUUAUGGUAAAUUUCAUUGGUAUAGUUUGUGCCCGCAGUCUACAUUAUCAAUUUUAUUCUUGGUAUUUUCAUAGUCUUCCAUAUUUACUUUGGUCUUGUAAUUUUUCUGUUAUAGUAAGGUUUUUAAUUUUGGCAUUAAUCGAAAUGUGUUGGAAUACUUACCCGAGUACAAAUUUAACUAGUGCUUUGUUACAUAUUUGUCAUUUGAGUAUACUAUAUGGAAUAUAUAAAAAAAUAUCCACUGAACUAAGCAUGGCGUCAAAAGUUCAAUAAACAAACUUAAAUUUGUCUGACAGAUGUGGUUAAAUUCCUUCCUAUAGCAUAGGCAGCCACUGUUUGUGUUAAUAAUUAUGACAAUUACUUUUCAAAAGCACUAAUGACUGGCACAUCAAAAAAUACAACAGCUUGGUUGUUAGCCCAGCCAGACAAAAAUUUUGACAACUCUUAGAGGAUUUACUUUGUUUUCUCAAGAAGAUUGCUGUAACUUAUAGAUGUGAUAUAUCAUAAAUGGUACUUAUUGAAGAGUUACUUCACAGAGUGUAGACAUAUGAUAGCAAUGAUCCAUGAGGUCAGUACAAGAGUAUUGCUGUCACUAAAAAACUAACUGUUUGGCUUACCAUAUAUCUGUACAAUGCAAGCCACACAGGUUAUCAUAAUUUCAAGCCAUAAAACAAUAUACAGUAGAACUCCAAUUAUCCGAAUUAAUGGGGACCGGGACCCAUUCGGAUAAUCGGAUUUUUUUUUUAAAAAUUGCCAUUGGUGAGAAUAAAAGCUACGUUUUGAUAUUGCACUAUUUUUUUAUUGAAUUAAAUGAAAGAAACAUGAAAUUUUCACAUGUUUUAAAUAUAAAUAAAAUGUACUUAUGUACAAGUUUAGAAAUAAAAAUCAUUGUUUUUUAAACAUCUCCGUCAAUGUAAGCUGUUUUGCGGUCUUCAACCGUUUUCGGAUUGAUUGAUUUGAUUCGGAUAAUCGGCGAUUCGGAUAGUCGGAGUUCAGAUAAUUGGAGUUUUACUGUAUUAAAAACCAUAGAACAAUUUAUUAAAAAAAAUUUCAAGUUACCCACUACUUACUCAUUUAUAUACAUAAUUACUUUUAUUCACAUGUAUUGAAAAAUCUAUGUCCAAAUAACCAUAUUCCACUUCUCAAUUUGUAUUGACCCAAUAAUGUUUUAUUGAUCCGCCAUGUCAAAAUUGUGUGUUCAUAGUUUUAAGGUUGAAUAAUAUUGUACAUGUGUACUAUUUUUUAAUUAAAUUUUAUAUAUUUACAUA